AAGAAGAAGAAGAAGAAGAAGAAGAAGAAGAAGAAGAAGAAGAAGAAGAAGAAGAAGAAGAAGAAGAAGAAGAAGAAGAAGAAGAAGAAGAAGAAUGACAGGAGCAGUCUACACACAGCACCAAAUCGAGUCCUGGUACUCGGCCUUCAACAGCGCGCUCUGUCUGCCCGCGCCCUCCAAGACCGCGAUCUUCCCCGAGAAAGCAGAGUACGACGUGACCGAGUUUGACGAGAUUGUGCGCAACGCGGUGGCUGGCACGGGAAACGAGAUUCUGAUGACUGUCUGCGCGGUGAUGGAUUCCACGCGCGCGAUAGGCUGCGUGUAUAUCAGCGAGCCGGCAAGGCCCGCGGGAUCCGACGCCGCGGAGGAGCACUGGUCUGCGCUGGCGAAGAUGGUGGUGGGGGCGGCGCGGGAUCAUAAUUUCUCAGAGACGAGGAGUAUUUCGUUGUUGGAGGAGAAGCUUGCGGGCGCGCAUGAUUUGCAAAAGCUGGGGUUUCUUUUGCCGCGGUUGCAGAGCGAUAUCAAUAAUUUCUUGACCGGGAGGGUCGAGAGUAGUCAUAGUGUUGCGAGCGAGCAGGAGAAGCUGUUGGAGAAGAAAGUGCUGGAUGGGGAUGAAGAGGUGGAGGACGAGGAGGAGAUAUGAACGGAUUUUAAUGUAAUAAAUGUAAUAAUGAAAU